AUGACCCGGGAGGAGGUGGACCAGCGCAUGGUGCGCGCGCUGGCCGACAUGCCCGCCCACCUGGCCGAGGAGGCGGUGGUGCGCUACUCGCGCUCCCUGGACGACCACGUGCGCAACAGGCAGGGCUUCAUGAUGGGCAUCAUCAAGAAAGUGCUGGAGGAAGAUCGCUUUGGCCGGGGAGGCCCUGGCGGCGGCGGCGGCUACGGCGGCGGCGGCGGCUACGGCGGCGGCGGCGGCUACGGCGGCCCUCCUCGCGGUGGCUACGGUGGUGGCUAUGGCGGUGGCGGGUACGGCGGCGGCGGCUAUGGUGGCGGCGGCGGCUACGGAGGUGGCGGUGGCGGCUACGACAGGUACGACCGCGGCGGCGGCGGCGGCGGCGGCUACCGCGACGAUUACAGGCGGGACGACUACCGCCGUGACGACAGGGGCUACGACCGGGACUACGACCGCCGGUACUGA